UUUAAACUAUACUUAAAAGAAGAACGUAAAAAAUGUUUUGGUAUAUAAAGAACGAAUUUUGUAAGAUUUUUCAAAAAGUGAAAAUAAGUUUAUGCUUGCUCGAAAAUAAAAAUUAAAAAUGAAUAAUUUCCGGCCUAUUCUAAUUUUGAUUGUCAACUGUAUUUUUUCAUUAGUAUUGUCGCAGGAUACUAACACCAAUUACUAUGGCGGGAAUUUGCCAUUAAGGGAUGUGAGGGAAAGGACUUUCAAUACUUUAAAAAUACUUAUGAAUAUUAAAUAUUUCUGGCCUCGGUUACAUAAUUGUAAUGGUAUACUUGAUACUGAAAUAAAUUUUUUAAAUGCAAGAGAUAUUUUCAAUAUGAUGGAUCCAAACAUUAAUGAUACAAGUUUUCCAAUUUCUAAAGCAUGGAAAACAAAGACCGAAGCCUUAAAAUUGUUUAUUAUGGCUAAAAAUAAAUUAUCUCGACAAAUACUGCAAACAUGCUCUAACCCAGAUGAAGAAAUGGUCAGGAAAUGGAUAUCCACAGAGUUAAAUAAAGAUUCUGAGCUAAAAACACAAAAUCCGAUUUGUCGCACUUUAGAGAACAGCUUUCUUCUUCUAGAAGUGUACAAAUUUGUAACUGACAAUUUGAAAAAAGAUGAUGCGGAUAAAAUUUUUGGUGAAAUAAAUAUUAAGUUGGCGAGUAUCAUAAAAUUCUAUGAAAACAUUAAACAAAAUGAUACUUCGAUAAGGAAGAAAAUUUACAUGUUCGGUCAAGCAAAAGUGUUUGAAAGAAAAAUUUAUGCUUUGUACUUUGAUUCAUUGUACUUUACUAAUUUGGACAAAAAAAUUAUGAAUAUUUUCAAUAAAAUCUAUGUUGAUAAUAGCAAAAUCACUUCGUAUAAAAACGAAAAUGGUUCUCAAUCUUUCCUGCCUGUAAAUCGAGUGUUCUUCCAUAAAAACAAGACUGAUUAUGUCAAAAAUAAUGUUAGUUUUCCGGUACCAAUCACCGUUAAGUCAAUAAUAGAGACACGUACGGAACCAUCAGAGUUAAACAAUAAUACCAAGACUACCAAUAUAAAAAAAAUUAAGCCGAAUAAUAAAACGACAAAGGUGUCAUCAAAUGAGCAGAAAAUAAAAUCAGCAGUAAAAUAUCUAACUGGUCUGUUUGCCGUCAAAUAUUUUCUGUAUAAGGUAAUGAAAAAAUAGAAGACGUGGAUAAAAAUAAAAUGACAUAAAGAAGAUAUUCUGGCGUCUUUAUAUUUUAUAAUUUCUUGACAUUGUUAAACAUUCUUUGUAAAACAUUAAUUUCUAUGAUAAUUAUACUACGCAGCCUUGACAUUUGUAUAAAGUUCUGCCGAAUUGUUACAAUAAAUGGAGUCUAUCAGUA